GGUGGGCGGGGAAAAGAGAAAGCGAAGCGCCUGCUCAGUGUGUCAAUCAAUAUGCGCCGUUUUCUCCGCCCCUCAACCACUUGAGCGCUGCAGCUGGAUUAUAAAGGUAAAAGCACAGAGAACUUUUGCAGAUCUGAGGGGGCUCUGCGGAAGGGAGCAAAGAAGUGUCGAAUUUGGGGAAAAACUCACAACUUUACACAAUUAGAACUGUGAUUUUCUUAUUUUUUUUUUUUUUUUUUUUACUUUUCAAAUUUUUUUUUUUUUGUGUGUUUUACCUUCACCGCACCGAAGAUGUCUACGGCUUUGGUGUCGCCCUUCUUUGAUUUAACUGAAGUACUGAACAAGAAUAACAAGAUGCUAAACUACAACAACAACAAUAUCCUCAGCCCCCCACUUCCUGCAGCUGCUCCCUGCACUGCUGCCAAUGCCCCAAAUGGUCCCCUGCUGGACAGGAAAGCAGUGGGCACCCCGUCGGUUGGGGUGUAUCAGCGGAGGCACUCGGUUACUCUGACCAGUCCCAAGUUCAACCAGAAUCAGUUUCUGAACAGCCUGAAGAUGGAGAGCUGCUCCAAUGGCAGCGGGAACAAUAAGGAGAAUCGCUUCCGAGACCGUUCCUUUUCGGAGACUGGUGAGAGAUUACUUCAGAAGCCUGGUGGCAAUGGCAGUGCGGGCGGGCAAGUCAACUCCAGUCGCUACAAGACAGAACUGUGCCGGCCAUUUGAGGAGAACGGGGCCUGCAAGUAUGGGGAUAAGUGCCAAUUCGCCCAUGGUAGUCAUGAGCUUCGCAGCCUAAAUCGUCAUCCCAAGUACAAGACAGAACUUUGCCGCACUUUUCACACCAUUGGCUUUUGUCCAUAUGGGCCACGGUGCCACUUUAUACACAAUGCAGAGGAACGAAGGGGACCACCUCCCCAGUACCCUCUGUCCUCUUCUAAGCUCGAGAGACCCCGGCUCCAGCACAGUUUCAGUUUCGCUGGUUUCCCAAGCUCCAACGGACUGCAGGACAGCCCUACUUCGGUCACCCCACCUCCCAUUUUCAGUGCCGAUGACCUCCAAGAUUGGGCCAGCAAUCCAUUCACCUACUCGAGCCAGGAGCUAGCUAAUCUGUUUGUGCCCCAGCUGGGAGGCCCCGUUGAUUCAUCAGCCCCGGCUCCAACAUCCCCAACUGCCUUCUACUUCCGACCAAUGUCGGAGUCACCACAGCUCUUUGAGCCUCCCCCCAGCCCUCCAGAUUCACUUUCUGACCAGGAGGGCUAUCUCAGUAGCUCAGGGAGCUUGAGUGGAUCAGAGUCUCCUGUCCUGGACACCACCAGACGUCUUCCAAUCUUCAGCAGACUCUCAAUCUCUGAUGACUAGACAAAAAAAAAAAGGAUGCUAAACUCCCAUAUAACACCUUUCCUGUACCCCCAAAUUUUUUUUUUUUUUUAUAUAACAGGAUGAAGAGAUUCUCUACAAAUAUUAAGAUGUGAGGGGGUGUCUUUUUUUUUUUUUUUUUUUUUUUUUCAUUUGUUUCCUCUCCUCAUCCUUUUGAACAAAAAAAAAAAAACCAUGGUCUGGUUUCCCUUGUCCAGUUUCACUUCCCUGGAUAGCUGUUCAGUAGCAGACUGACUGACUGAGUGUGUAGACACUGCCCUGGAAUCAUCCACACCAAGUAGAGAACAGUGGGUUUGAGAGUUGUUUAAUUCUGCUCUUCUCUAUGCUUUUUUUUUUUUUUUUUUUUUUUUUUUUUUUUAGCAAGCCAAAGCUGCAUCCAGCUUACAGAAUCUGGGAUUUGGGAAUCAGUUUUUUAGUAUUGAGUCUGAAAAGCUCAAAACGUUUUUCCGUGCUAAACGCCCCCCCACCCCUUACGUUAAAUGCCCCUUAAUACCACAGUGCCAAAAAACUAUGUGCCUGAUCCAGUUUGCCAAUAUUUUACAUAAAGUGCCUAUCCGAUUGUUUUUUCCAUUCCUGACUGUGACUUGCAGUGGGCACCAUCUGCCUUUGUUUUUUUUGUUUUUUCUCCCCCUGACAUGUGUAGCAGUGCAGGUGGUGCUUAAUUGUAGUGUAAGCAAUAAUAUGCCCUCUACUGGCUGUGCGCUGCCAUUACCACUUUUAAGAAUCAAAUCUCAUGGAUCAGAUGAGGGCUUCAUUGCGCAAGAAAAAAAAAGGAAAAAGGACCCUGGAAAACUUAAUCCGUCAACGAACAAAUGCUAUUUAAAAUGGGCUAUGGACACAGUUUUGACCACGGCCCACCCUAUCUUAUGAAACGUGAAAUGGGGACGAAGAAAAAAAAAUCUUUGCCUGUCGGGUGACAUAAAAGUCUGCAGGAAGGACUUGAGAUGAAGCCACAGGAUUGGUUGGGAGUCAACCAGGACAGUGAAUCAAGAUGCGUUUUGGUGCUACAGGCUAACUCCUUGCCUCCAUCGUCUUUGUAACAUCCCCAUAGACUUGUGACAUCUCUUUGGUCUUUGCUGGUUGUUUCAUUUGAUGGGACUGGUGAAGCUGGCAAUCCGUCAUGUAACAUUUUUGUGACACUUUGUAUUUUUAUUACUUUUGGGUAAUUAUUUUAAAGUUGGGUUAAAGCUAUUCAUUCCUAAUGGGGGAACGUUCUGUCCCUGCAGUUAGAGAGACUUUUUAAAGCAAUGUUAUUCUAACUUAGGUUACCAUGUAGAGUGUAUGUGUGCCCUUAUUUUAAAACACAAAAAAAAAAAAAAAAAAUGUUUGGCAGAGGAAACCAUGAAAACCUUGCAAAGAAAUGUUUGAAAAGUAAAGAUUUGCUUGUCACUGCACAACUUAUAAAGAAAAAAAAAGCUUAUUUAACUUAUCAAAAAACGUAUUUAUUGCUGAUCAUAUGCAUUUUGUUUUGUUUUUUUGUUAAUUUUGUUCGUAUUUAUCGGGAUAAUGAAACAAUAGAAUAUAUUUUCUUUUAUGUUAAAUUAUGAUCUUCCGUAUUAAUCUAAAGAUUGUGAAGACUUCCUUUUUUUUUCACAGUUUAAUAUAUUAUACUACAAUGACUUUUUUUUUGUUCUUUUUUUUGUAACUACACUUUGGUUAUUUUAUUUUAAAAAAUGAAACUUAAUUUAAAAAAAAAAAUGCAUACAUUGCGUUUUGAUUAUUUAUUUUAGAUUUUUUUCCCUUUUGUGUUGGACUGCAAAUUCAGGAUAAUUGUUACUGCCUUGAUAACCCCUAAGCUGUAUUUUAUUUUUUUUUUUCUAUUCAUUAAAUGCCUAGAUUGAAGUGACAUUUGAUCAGAUGAGCUCUUAGAAUGUACAGACUCUGCACUGUCUUCGCAGUGUAAAUAGAAAAAUCAGAUCUUUCUGUUACUGUUAAAUAAUAUGCCUUAUCAGGGGUCCAAAAUCUCAGUGCCUGCCUCCACAUGUGCCCUAUUUAUAUAUUA